GCACGUGCUGUACGCGUGAUGUUCUAUCCUCUCGAACAAGCGAGUAGUUGCAUCUCAUCGACAACAUAUCUCCAUCCCUCUCCCGUCUGCUCGAUCGUAUUUCUCCUUUCUGAUCAAAGCCUUCAGUUCUCGAUCAAGUGGAAAGAAUUGCGGAUUGAGAAAGCAUACAAGAAGAAGAAGCAAAAGCUAGAAACACGAUAUUUUUUGGCCAUCUCGAUUGAUUGAGUAGUGAUCAUGGCACUAAACCCUCAGUUGUUACCCAACGGGAUGCCUGUUCCCUUUGUCAGCGAAAUGUUCGUUCUCGCCAGAGAUGGAGUCGAGUUUGAAGUCGAUAAGAUCCCUGGAGACCAGGGAGGUCAUGUUAAGGCUAAGGGAGUGGUAUAUUUGUCAAAUAUACGUUUGGUCUUUGUUGCGAGCAAGCCUGUUGGAAACCUUGUUGCUUUUGACAUGCCCCUGCUCUAUAUUCAUGGCGAAAAAUUCAAUCAGCCAAUAUUCCACUGCAACAAUAUCUCUGGCCAAGUGGAGCCUGUGGUACCGGAAAAUGAGCAUAGAGCUCUAUACUCAACGCAUAAUUUCAAGAUCCUCUUCAAGGAAGGUGGUUGUGGGACUUUUGUUCCUCUCUUCCUCAAUCUCAUCUCUUCCGUGAGACGGUACAACCAGCAAAUGCAACAAGCUGCAGCAGCACCACCUCGUGUCGAUCCUCUUCAAGCUUCACAAACUCCUGUGGAUGAAAUGAUGAGACACGCAUACGUCGACCCGAAUGACCCGACAAGGAUUUUCCUGCAGCAGCCAACGGGGGAGAGCCAGUUGAGGCGGCGAACUUACCAUUCCAACCCAUCCGAUCACUCUACAUGAACUUUAUAUGACGAGCAUUCAGAGAAUGGAGAUACACCCGUACAUAAAUCAUCUGUUACUUUAAUGAAUUACUGGUGAAUCAAGCUGAAGCACAUUUCUUGACCUGGCCUCUCGUCCUUGGUUAUGGCGUGUAAACAGAGACUACUUGUGUAAUGAGAGACCAGACAUAAUACUUUGUUGUUUCAAUGCUUUUGUCGUGUGGUUGUGUAAUGUGUUGGGACUCUGAAUAAUAUUCUCCUUUUCUUAUAAUCUUUACGUGAAGAUGUUACAGUCUC